CAAAUCCCGGGAAAAGGCCAGGCGAGCCGCUGAGCCGGCUGGACCAGUGGAGUGAAUGCUGAGGCCACGUCCCUCCAACUUCGGAACACUCCUCAAUUCCAAGCGGGUGGAAGAACUUCAACACAAUCUGCAUCCUUCCCCUCAUCCAUUCAUCCUUGUAGAUCAUCAUCAUCAGCUUCUACACCAAGAAAUUCCCAAAUUCAUCCAACGACAUGAACUCCAAAACUCGGUUGAUGAUCCCAUUAAAUAUCAGUUGCACAUCUUGAUCAUACUCGUGCAGAGUACAUUGGUCAAUCCUGCUGCAGAGUACGUUGACUUGAUGAGACCGAGCCAAACGUGAAUCUGUUCUUCCCCCGUUGAUGGUGUUCAUAAACACCACCUUCAAACUUUCAUCAUCGGUCCUCAAGAACAUGACGAGGAAGAGGAGGAAGUUAUGGAGUACAGAGGAGGAGGUAAUCCCACUGAAGAGAAAUCAAUAAGAAGAUGCGGAUAUGGAGGUAUUAUGGGGAAUUUCCGAUCAGAUAUCCAACAUUGCUAAGAUCCGGCUGGGGUGCAGGAUUUUGCACAGGGCUUUCGAUCAAGAUGUGCGGAUGAUAUUUGACAAGAUCGUCCACCGAGUUUUGGAGUUCAUGUCCUUGGAUGAAUUCAGAAAUUUCUUGGUGCAGCCGUGGGCUCUUCCACCCUUUUGGAAUUAUGGAGUGUUCCGGGCAAACAAAAGAAUAUCAUGUUAUUACUGAAUCAAUUCAGGGAGAGUCUAACCGAAGUUGGAGGGACGGGGCUGGAGCAUUCACUCCCCAGUCCAACCGGCUCAGCGGCUCUCCUAGCCUUUUGUCGGGAUUCGGGUCGUUGGGGUUCCACAAGAAGCCAUUUACGAGAUGUCCUUUUUCGCUGUCCAAAUCUUCAAGUUCUCUCAAUCCAGAGCUGCCCUCAUGUCACUGAUCAAGUCAUGACCAAAAUAGCCUCGGGAUGCCCAUUUCUCCGGGAAGUCGACAUAAGUUUCUGCCACGAAAUAUCUCACGAGUCGCUGGCUGUAAUAGGAAUGAACUGUCCUGAACUAAGAGUCCUGAGGAGAAACCUGAUGAACUGGCUCAACCCCUCUCAGCAUUCCCACGCUGUCCCUAAGGAGUACCUAGACAAAUGCCCUCAAGACGGAGACUCUGAAGCCGCUGCAAUCGCGAAGCACAUGCCUCAUUUGGUGGCGCUCGAAUUGCAGUUCUCCAAGAUGACCGGGAAAGGGUUGGAGUUGAUAUGCCAGGGGUGUCGGAAGUUGGAGAGUCUGGAUCUUUCCGGGUGCGCGAAUCUGAGUGGCCGAGACAUUUUCCGGGCUUCUUGUCAUUUGAAGGAGAUGAAAAGUUUCCGGAAGCCGGAUUUGUUCAUCCCGAGGGCAGAGUUCAAUGGUGAUAGGUAUGGUCAUUGGCAGCUUUAUGAUGAGCGUUUCCAAACUGAUGCUUUCAGAAUUUGAUGCAAUGGCACCCACACACAACCAGAGGUUUGACUGUUUAUGGCUGUCAAAAUUUAUUAAGAGCUUCAUCCUCAAUUAGUAACUUGUUGUGGCUUGAAUUUGGAGAAGUAUCAAAUAUGAACAUAAGUGAAUUGAAUGUAAACAUUUUUGUGGUUUGGUAUGAUAAAAUUGUUUGACAGGU